CACGGACUGCCACAACCCACAAAUCACACAAUGGCUCCGGCGAGCCCAUCAGCACAAAACGAUGACUUUGACGAUGAUCUGGAUGAUAUACUCAAGGAUGUUAUCGAGCCUAGCAAUAUAGUUGAAUCCACCGAACCCCCCACCCAGCCAGAGCCAUGGAGGAAGAAUAAGAGCCAGGAUGCCGAUACCGGCUUGGGCGUCGACGAGGACAUUGUCAUAACCAAGAAGCGUCAGCCUGCACCAAAACUUGACGACCAGCGACUCCUGUCGGACCCGGGAAUUCCCCGUCUGCGUAGAAUUUCAAAAGAUCGCCUGCGUUUUAAGGGCAAGGGACAUGAGUAUGGAGAUAUUGCACGCAUGCUAAACAUGUACCAACUUUGGCUCGACGACCUGUACCCCCGCGCCAAGUUUGCAGAUGCCCUCGCCAUUAUCGAGAAAGUCGGACAUACAAAACGCAUGCAGAUUAUGCGGAAAGACUGGAUUGACGAAGGAAAGCCACGGCGUGCUGCGGACCGAGACAGCGACGAAGAGGAUAGGGCUGCAGAAGAGACGACUGUCCAGCAAACCACAGAGGGUAUGGAUGGCGUGCAGAGCGGCAUUGGCAAUGGUCUCGAACAGCAAAGAGGUGUGCAAGCGCCGGCAUCAGAUACGGCAGAACACACAGCAGGUGAUGGACCUGACGAAGACGAACUAGACGCUCUGCUAGCACAAAGCGAACAGCCCACUACUACACUUACAAAGACGCUCCCCACACGACCCAUGCCUACUCAGGAUGAUCCUUUCGCAGACGAGAUGGAAGCCAUGGCGGACAUGGAUGACAUGUGGGAUUGAGUAGAUGUGUGAAGCACCUCCAUGAUGUAAUUGCAUAGCGCGGCGUUUGACGAAUGUCUACGAGUUACGAUUGGGCCGCAUACGGACGAUAUCAUUUGUGUCAAAUUGUCAGCGCCGGCGCCAACAGUAAUAGAGUUUCGGCGUGUAUGAUCGAGCACGGUUCCUAGCGGCAACUGUACAUCUGCCUCGGAACCCAGGCCAAACAUUGAAAAAACUGGUUUCCGAAAGCGAGGCCAGUUUUUAUAUUCACCCUUGAAUCAAACAGGAACCAAAAUAGUCUGAUGGUACCCAACGAAAGUAGGGGUAAGAAGGCGACUGUAGAGAUUAGAAGAAGAAAAUAAGAACAAUUGACAGUAGC